CCCUCCUGACCUCUAAAGUGCAAAACCCCAACCUACAUCCCCAAAAACCUCUUUACUCGACCAAAUGUUGCCGGCGUCUCAUUUCGUCUCUCAUGGCGUUCCCGGUCAUGGAGCUUCAGAUGGCAGGUGCUUAAGGUUAUCCACAAUAUCACCAUGUCCCUCUUGUAAAGACUAUAUAAAGUUCCCACAGGUGAAGGUUCUACCUUCUGGAUAUACUUCCAGGGGUACAAUCUCUUUCAUUUGCAAUGCAAAUUCUAGUGGUCAAAGAAGAAACCCAGACUUUUCAAGACAAAACCGACAAGGGUAUUCAAGAAACAAGAACAGGAAUACCGAAGACCGAGAUGGAAUCGAUGGAUUCGAAGAUUCCGAACCUUUCACUUCAAAAAACGGACCCUCAUUCCUUUCCAACUCUUCAUCUCCUUCCCCCAAAUUCCAUUCCACUGCAACUCCUGGACCAAGGGAAAGAGAAAUCGUGGAAAUUUUCAGAAAAGUCCAAGCCCAACUCCGGGAACGAGCUGCACAAAAGGAAGAGAAAAAGGUGGAAGAUUCACAAUCACAAGGACACAAUAAACAGAACGAAACUGUGGAUUCCCUUCUUAAACUCUUGAGAAAACACUCUGUUCAACAUGGAAAAAGCAGCAGCACAAACAACAGCAGAAACAAUAGGGAUUUCGUUCUAGACCACAAUCCUGAUCAUAAUAACACUUCAUUUUCAGAAUAUAAAAACCUAAAAGACUUGAAUUCUGAAACCAGUGUGAUCCAAUCUUUCAGACCAGCAUCAAACUUCCAACGAAGGUCUCCAGUUCCAAAGUUCAAAUACAGGCCAAUUUUAUCGGGUCAAGAAACGGAAGAAGCCAUAAACGAGCCCGACCCGAUACCUGAAAACAAAAUGGAAACCGGGCCUGAGCCCGAGGUUGAAAGUGAGGUGGUGUAUGGUAUUGGUGGGUUUGAUGAAAGUUCAGAUGAUGAAGCUUCUGAUAUUGAAGACACUGCUGAUGAGAUUGAUGAUGAUGAUGAUGAUGAUGAUGAUAACGAAGAAGUGAAUGUGAUUGAAGAUAGUGAUUUGAGUAGCAUGAAGUUGGUGGAGCUAAGAGCAGUGGCUAAAUCUAGAGGCAUAAAGGGGAUGUCAAGGCUGAAGAAACAGGAAUUACUGGAGUUGUUGAGUAGUUGAGAGCUUAUAAUAUUAUUAUGUUUAUGAUAUCAUAUACUAUAGAAUUUGAGUCGUUCUUUGUUUAAAUUUUCAUCUUCACAGUACGUGUGCUGAGUUGGGUUUGUCUACUAUCAAUUAAUUUUUUUGGGA